GCCUGUCAUUCCGAAUUAAUCCUCGGAUUCAAGCUAGUAGGAAUUGUGGUCGUAAAUGAAGAUGGAGGUGUAUGUUGAUAAAUUAUUUAGAUAAGUGGAUUUAUGAAGUAAUUGAUAGCUACCCAUAUGCUUGGACGGAACAAUAGUGGACUUGGGAGACAAAAGGAAAUCGCGAGAGAGAGAGCAUGAUAGUAGAGGUGUGUCCACAGCAGAUGACCGAAGAUGUUGGCUAUGAACCAAGGAGUGGUGGAGGAAUGGCUGUCGGAGUUUAAGACCCUUCCUGACAGUGCAGUGUCCAGCUACGCAGCAUCUCUGAAGGAGAAAGGCUCCCUGGUCCCAGCGCUCUACAAAGUCAUCAGAGAGAACUACAGUGAUCUGUUGGAACCCGUGUGUCACCAGCUGUUUGAGUUCUACCGUAGCGGGGAGCUUUGGCUACAGCGGUUUGUGCUCCAGUUCCUCCCUGAGCUGCUCUGGUCCCUCCUCCUGGCUCCGUCUGCAGCCAGGGACCCACACACCUCGGGCUGUAUAGAGGCCCUGCUACUGGGGAUAUACAACCUGGAGAUCGUAGAUAAGGAUGGACAGAGUAAAGUCCUCUCUUUCACUGUCCCCUCCCUCUCCAAACCCUCAGUCUACCACGAGCCCUCCCACAUUGGCUCCCUGGCAUUGACUGAAGGGGCUUUAGCCAAUCACGGGCUGAGUAGAGUGGUGUACAGCGGGCCUCACCUACAGAGAGAAACCUUCACUGCUCAGAACAGGUUCGAGGUGCUGACCUUCCUGCUGCUGAGUUACAAUGCGUCCCUCAGUUACAUGUCCUCCUCCUCUCUGCAGUCCCUCUGCCAGCUCAGCUCCAGGGUGUGUAUCUGUGGUUUCCCACGACAACACUUGAGGAGGUAUAAAGGUAUCAGCUCUCGUCUGACCGUCACCUCUGAGUUCCUGGUUCAACUCGUCACUGGGAUACACUACGCACUGUGUAAUGGGGAGAUGGACCUGGGUUCCAAGGCGCUGGAUGAUGUUCUGUACCGAGCUCAGCUAGAAUUGUUCCCUGAAGCUCUACUGGUGGGUAAUGCCAUCAAGUCCUCUCAACAGUGUGCAGCGCUAAAGUCUGGCGCUAGUAAAGAAGGAACUCGCAUCAUUCAGGUGGAGAUGACUCCUACUUCCUCUAGGAUCUCACGGAACGCAGUCACUUCACUCUCUAUCAGAGGACAUCGCUGGAAACGACAUGAUGCAGUGGAUUUGGGUUCCCCGGACGAGUUGAUGGAUAUCUCGGAAGUGGAUGAAGGGGUGUGGCCUAAAAGAGGGUCCGGCCCGGACUACCUGACUCCGCCCACCAUCACUAUCAGCAACAGUAUCACCCCUGGGGUGGGAGGGACCAAGACAGGAAGCAGGAAGUGGCAUUUAGGUGGACGGUCGCAUAAGGAGAAGGAGACUUGUACUCCAGGGGGGCAGGCUUUGAUCGAGAACCUGGAUCUAUCAAUCAAACGUCUGACGCUGACGUCCAGCCAAUCGGUGCCCAAGGGGCCGAGCCAUAGCGCUCUGAGCAGCCUAUCGCGUACAGCCAGCGCCGUGUUCUCCCGCUCCUUCGAAGGAAACAACACUGGAGGUAAUCGUGGUAACCCAGAGGCUGGCCGCUAUUCAUGCAGUGGCAGUCUACAGGAGGAGGAGCUAGGCUAUAUAAGCCCCUCCCACACCCAGCGCUCGCCAAGCAUCAGGGUGCACUUUAGGAGUGACCUGUGAACCCUGAUAUUUAACCCUUGACUUCUCACCACCCAUCUAAACCCUCUAACCCCAUGCCCCUGUACCUUUUGAUCUGGACUCCCAGCCUGCCAGUGGGACUGGAACCCAAACUCAUUAACACAUGCCCUCCCUUCUUUCCUCCCCACUCCACACUUCAUCUCCCCCCCUCUUCUUCUCCAGUAGGACAGCUUCCCACUUCCAAAGGCCGGCUCCUCUCCUCCCCCUCCUCUCUCCCCAAAGCAAGAGCCUGGUGUGAGAGAGCCGGGACCCUGGGUCCAGCCCUCAUCCCUGGAGUUACUGAACCACCCCUCCUUGUGGUAACUAGACAGAACUGCAGACUGGACAGAGUGACUCACUACAACUGUUUUUGUAAAAGGUUUGGAAAUUGAGCAUUUAAAAAAACUCCUGUUUGUCCUGCUUGACUUUCCAUACAUCCCUCCUGACCUGUGUGUGUGUGUGUGUGUGUGUGUGUGUGUGUGUGUGUGUGUGAGAGAGAGAAUGAAUAGGAGAGUUUAGAGCCCCCAACCCCUUCCACUCUGCACCCCAAUGGUAAUCCUGUACUCCUACCCAUCAUGCACUAGGGUUUGAACAACCCCAACACAACGCCAAGUUCACACUCCUGUUGCCAUAGCAUCCCACGAAACGAUUAAACGACAGAUUGCUAAAUUGUAGAAACCCCCCCCCAAAAUGAUGAAUGUCGUAAAUGUCUGAAUAGUAUUGAUUGAUGUUAUCCUAUUAGAAGCAAUAUUUUCUCACUGAUCUCAUCAAUAAACAAGCUUAUUGGGGUUUGUGUGUUUCAGAUCAA